CCCCCCACCCCCUGCUUGCACUCUCUCCCUCUCUAAAAAAACAAAAACAAAACACACAUUAGAAACCCUUUCCCCAGAGAAGUGUCCAUACAAACAGAAAUUUUGCACAUGCAGAUUGGGUGCAAUUUCAGGGUGUUCGGGGACUCUCUGAAGUUCAUCUGUGGCCCACAGGUUAGGAACCCUUGCUCCACCUUGUCACUAGCAUCAGUCAUGGGGACUCACUUCUCACUUCCAAGGGCCUUAGUGAAUGAGUCUGGGUGAUUCUUGCAGAUAAAAGGGAAUCAAUACCUCUCAUUCAGAUGGGACCUCGGGAGUCUUCCCUCAGGCCUACAGGCUCUGAAUAAGAAAUCAUCAUCUCCUACACCUUGGCUAAUGUUCAGAGCGCCUGACUUCUGUAUGUGACCUGAGUCAGGACAGUUCAAUGAGGAUAUGAUCCCCACUGUGGGUUUCAACAUGCGCAAAAUCACCAAAGGGAAUGUGACCAUCAAGCUCUGGGACAUUGGGGGACAGCCCCGAUUCCGCAGCAUGUGGGAGCGCUACUGCCGAGGAGUGAGUGCCAUCGUGUACAUGGUGGACGCCGCUGACCAGGAGAAGAUUGAGGCCUCCAAGAAUGAGUUGCACAACCUACUGGACAAACCCCAGCUGCAGGGCAUCCCGGUCUUAGUCCUGGGUAACAAGCGAGACCUCCCGGGAGCAUUGGAUGAGAAGGAGCUGAUUGAGAAAAUGUUCUCCUCUGGUUCCCCCCCAGGAAUCUUUCUGCCAUCCAGGACCGAGAGAUCUGCUGCUACUCCAUCUCCUGCAAAGAAAAGGACAACAUUGACAUCACCCUACAGUGGCUUAUUCAACACUCAAAGUCGCGGAGAAGCUGAGACUGCGGUCCUUCCCCCUCGGACCAGGGACCUGCUGUCAUCCAAACCCGAAGCCGAGCUCCCCGCCCACCCCGCCGUCCCCCCUAAGCCUGCCCCUCCUCACUCAGCGUGGGGAGGGGCCCUCUGGGGAUCCCAGAGUCCUGUUCUGCUGAGGUUUGAACUCCUGAUUUUAUUGUAAAAUAAACUGCUCCCAUUCUGGUCCCCUAACCUCUGCCCCUCCCCCUUCCCUCCCCCCCCCCCCCCCCGCUUCCGUCCCCUUAACAGCCCGGGCCCCACAGCCCCUGCCCUCCACUCUCCCGUGUCCCGCCCCUACGCUGCCCUUUUCAACACUCUUCUGUUAUUGUCCUGUGUGUACAGUAUAUAUAUGUAUAUAUAUUUUAAUUUUUUAAUUUAAGCAAAGACUAAAAUCAACCAUUUGAUGCUGCAGGGGCCUGUCAGGAUCUGGGAGGGGGGCGGUGUGGAAGGAAGGCAAGAGAGGCAGGGCUGGCUCAGGGCAGGUCGAGAUUAGGAAGGUGAGAGCCCCUAGGGCAGGUACCAGCCUGGGCACUGGUGGCGUCCCCAUGUCCCGUUUGUUUCCACUUCUCAGUCUGGCUUGUCCCUGCAGUGCUUGAAUGUCACAGGCCGACAGGAGCCUCCAGAGGUGCCCCUCUCUGACCCCAGUCUCAGUAGGGCGACCAGGCACACCUGAGUGCCAGAGACAACUGGGCCAAAGGGCAGGAGGCCAGCCUCCACGCGGCCCCGGCAGCCCCUCCUGCCCCUUCCUAGGGCCCCCAACUCCAUGGGCCACCUCAUUUUCUGUUCUCAUUUUGCAGAGUUGCACAAGGAGAGAACUCAGCAUGGGGGGUUGGUUCUUUGGGUUUUGUUUUCUGUUUGUUUAUUUGUUUAAUUUAAUGAUUUGUAAAGUGAUGUUCCUCUUCCUUUUUUACACUUUUAGCUCAUAUUUAACCUCUGUUUGGAAAAUGAUUCUUGUAACUGUACAUUUUUUGCCUCCUAACAACAAGAAUAAAUGACCAGUUUUGUGUUGGG